AUGAAUAGACUAUCGUUUGUUAGGACACCAUUCAACAUAGCUGCAAAAUGGAGGCUGGAAGAUGUUUUUCUGCUCAUUUUAAUGAUAGUGCUUAACUAUCCUGUAUACUAUCAGCAACCAUUUGAACGCCAAUUUUACAUUAAUGAUCUCACCAUAUCACAUCCUUAUGCGACAAUUGAACGCGUCAAUAAUUCCAUGUUGUUUGUUUACAGUUUUGUCGUCCCUUUUCUGGCUAUAUUGUUAAUUGGUUCCGUUCUGGCCGAUAGAAGACAUUUGAUUUUUAUUCUAUACACCUCUCUGCUUGGUUUAUCGCUCGCUUGGUUUAGUACCAGUUUCUUCACAAACUUCAUCAAGAAUUGGAUUGGAAGACUAAGACCAGAUUUUCUAGACCGUUGCCAACCUCUUGAAGGUCUCUCCUUGGACACUUUAUUUACUGCAAAAGAAGUGUGUACCACCAAAAAUCAUGAACGUUUGUUGGAUGGAUUUAGAACAACCCCAUCAGGUCAUUCAAGUGAAAGUUUCGCGGGACUUGGCUAUUUGUAUUUUUGGUUAUGUGGCCAACUUUUGACCGAAUCACCACUAGUACCCUUGUGGAGGAAAAUGGUGGCCUUUUUACCGUUAUUAGGAGCUGCACUAAUCGCUCUCUCCAGAACGCAAGACUACAGGCAUCAUUUUGUCGAUGUAAUUUUAGGGUCUAUAUUGGGUUAUGUAAUGGCGCAGUUUUUCUAUAGAAGAACCUUUCCAGCCAUCGAUGACCCUCUUCCGUUCAAGCCAUUGAUGGAUGAUUCAGAUGUCACUUUGGAGGAGGCAAUUAGCCAUCAGAGGAUCCCGGAUGAAGAACUACACCCUCUAUCUGAUGAAGGCAUCUAA